CUGUCCAGAGCCAUGGCCUACCAACAGAAACUGGCUGAAAAGCUCACCAUCCUCAACAACAGGGGCAACGGGGUCCUGAUACGCAUGAACUACAUUAAGAAGACAUGUUCAGACCCUAAGCUACGACCAUCCAUCCUGUCAGACAAAGCUACGGAGCCAGCCAUCAAAUACAUUAACAAGAAAUUCCCCAACAUCGACAUCAGAGGAAACAGUCAACAUCUGACCAACAUCCAGAGACAGAAGGCUGAGGUGAUGUCAGCCACAGCCAGUUACUACAACUCCUUCCUGGAUGUCAUGGAGUUUAGGGACCAUGUCUAUGAGUUGUUUAAUACCAUUGAUGCCUGCCAGUGCUUCUUUGAUAUUACCAUCAACUUUGACUUCACCAAGAGCUACUUGGACCUGAUCGUCAUCUACACCUCUGUAAUCGUAAUGCUUUCUCGCAUCGAGGACAAGAGGGCCUUGGUGGGUUUGCACAACUGUGCCCAUGAGAUGACCACUGGGAGCAAUGAGCCAUCCUACCCAAGACUGGGCCAGAUGUUCAUCGAAUAUGACCAGCCCUGGAAGAAGCUUGCUCAGGAGUUUGGCCCUCACACAAGGUCGGUGACAGCGGCAGUGCUGUCUCUGCAGAUGGUGUACCCUCGCAGGAACCUGCCAGCAGAGCAGUGGAGGGGCAUCCAGCUCCUCAGCCUCCUCAGCUCUCCCACCAGCAUGUUAGAGCCUGCCUGCUGUGACACUAUGGCGUGUGAAUACCUCUCUCUCGAAGUGAUGGAGCGGUGGAUCAUCAUUGGUUUGCUGUUGUGCCACAGUAGUCUGAACACCAACCAGGCCUCCCAGGAGCUCUGGAAGAUGGCUCUGAGAAGUGGCCUGUUCCUCACCCUCAUCAGGGACGAGGUUAUCAACGUACACAAGGUCUCUGAGGACCUCUUUGACAACUUCAAAGGAUAUGGGAAGCGAAUUGCAGAUAUCAAGGAAUGCCGUGAGCAUGCUAUAGCUAACAGUGGGGUUAUGCACAGAGAGAGGAGACACUAUCUGAGGGGAGCUUUGAAAGAGUUGUUUAAAGUUCUGGAGGAUGAGCCCGGACUACUGGGACCCAAGGCGUUGCUCGUCUUCAUGGCUCUGUCGUUCUCCCGUGACGAGGUUCUGUGGCUUGUCCGGCACUCCGAGAACAUGCCCAAGAUCAAGAACCUGGAGGAUUAUGUAGACAAGUAGAUGGCACAGCUGCUGUUCUACACGGAGAAGCUAAGAAGUCUGAUGUCCAAACACAGCUAUGUAGUACAGCGCUACCACGUUCAGUACCUGGCCCAAUUUGAUGCCCUGGUACUCAACGACACCAUGCAGAACUUGUGUGUCUGCCCAGAGGAGGAGUCAGUCCUGUUGAGUUCAUUUGUAUCAACCCUCUCAGCACUCUCAGUCAAACAGGUGGAAAACAAAGAGGAGUUUGACUUCAAAGCUCUCAGACUUGACUGGUUAAGAUUACAGGCUUACUGUAGUGUGAGCAAGGCCCCGCUCCCACUGAAGGACUACCCUGACCUGGCCAAAGUAAUGAUCAUGACCCAGUUCCACACCCAGAUGGUGGACAACAUGGAGGAACUGCUGCAAGAGACCUCUCAGCUCUCCAUACUCUGUUUCUUUCCGCGUGUCUUUGAGAAGAUGUUCACCCAGAGCAGUGAGGAAGCCACCAUGAAACGUUAUCUCAUGGCCUUCCCGGUGGUCUGCUCCCAUUUUGUCCACUGUGGGCACCAUCUCUGUCCAGAGGAGACAGAAGCGAUUGAGAAGAAGAGUCUCCGUCUGUGUGUGGCCUUCCUGGAGCAGCUAGCCAAACAGACCAGCCAAGUUGUGUUAGAGAUAUGCGCCGAGCAGCACAACCUGGCUGACCAGCUACUGCCCAAACACUGUGCAGAGACCAUCAGCGUGGCCCGCAACAAGAAACUCAAGAAGGCCGUACCCAAGAGAGGAGAGGUGCAGAAACAGAAACCAGGGGCCGAAAGCCUGAGGAAAGACCGCUUCAUUGUCACCAACAUGGACAAGUUGCAUCUGGCGCUGACUGAGCUCUGCUCCUGCUACAGUCUCUGCAAUGACUUUGUCGUCUUCAACCACAUCAUCGUUCCCACUGAGUUUCUCCUUUCUCAACUGGAGGCACGCCUCUCUGAGAUAAUCGUGAAAUUGGCCAAUUACAACCAGACCACCCGUAACAUUACCCGCCCCUCGGAUCUUUUGGCGGGGAUAAGGGCCUACAUAACCAGCCUGCACACCCUGUCGAGCUACAUCAAUGUGGAUGUCACCCGCCUGGUGAGGAGUGUGCUGCUGCAGCAGACCCAGCCACUGGACUCGCAAGGAAAGGCCACCAUCACCACCCUCUAUACCAACUGGUAUCUGGAGGGUCUUUUGCGUCAGGCCAGCAGCAGCCUCAUCGUGCACUGUCCCACGAUGCAUUACUUCGUCAAUCAGGCUUCUGAAAAUGAGCCAAGCUUCCGAGCAGAGGAGUAUUCAGAUAUAUCAGAACUACAGGCCUUGGCAGAAAUAAUCGGCCCAUAUGGGAUGAAAUAUCUGAGUGAGAAUCUCUUGUGGCACAUCACCUCCCAAGUCAGUGAGCUGAAGAAACUAGUCAUCGAGAACAUGGAUGUCUUGGUGCAGAUGAGAAAUAACUUUGACAAGAUGGCAGAUCAUCAUAAGAGACUACCAGGUGGGGAAAACAUGCUGAAGAGAAUGACCAUUAUCGGGAUGCUCCUGACUUUCAGAGCGAUGACAAAAGAGGGUCUGAAGGAUAUCCUGCAGAAGCAUUGCCUUUACCUAAUGGGACCCAUCGAAUAUCUGAGGGAUUUCAUCUCACCUGAAACUGACAUUGAGACAACUCUGAGUGUUUUUGAGUUGGCCUCCAAUGCAGGGCUGAAAUGUGAUAUUGACCCUGACCUUGUCUCAGCAAUCACCAGGAUGCACACAGAUAACACGUCUGUUGAAGAGGAGUACAAAUUGUCCUAUUUGUUGCUUGUCUAUAUCGCUGCAUCCCUGCCUACACUUGCCCUGGACCCCAACUCCUUCUAUAGCCGAGAGCAUGGAGGACACAACAACAACAUCCACUGUUUAGCAACAGGCAUUAACCAGCUUGCUGCGGCCAUGUUCACCUCACAGAAGAAGGACGUUGAGCAGCACCUCAAAGAGUUCCUCCUGCUGGCUUCCUCCGCUCUGCUGCAGCUUGGCCAGAGUGUGGAGAAACAUGAGAGCAGAAACAGAGACUCCGUUUAUGUUCUCCUACACAUGAUUGUGGAAGAGUCUCCGUUCUUGAGCCAAGACAUGAUGGAGAAAUGUUUCCCAUAUGUACUGCUGAGGAACGCCUACAGAGAGGUGUACAAGGCAUUCGUUGUCACUUUGGGCUGAUUUUUUUCCCCCUUUUUUGAUUAAUGAAGGUAAAGGUGCAAGGUCAGUCAUGAAUACCUUAAUUUCCUCAUUCGGCUUUCCCUCUAUUCAGAGACAGUCUCCUGUUUUCCGUGAAGGGAUCACUCCACCCUGUUACAAUCUUUCAGAUCUUUCUACCUAGCCAAUGGCAUCUAUUCAAACCUGCCAAUCAAACAAUCAAACAAAUCCCUUUAGCACUGUGUUUUUAGUGUUAAGCAACCAUUUGCCCCAACUUCACCCCCCCACCCCUGUCCUAUGAAUUUAUGAUAUACGGGGUCAAUGCCAAAUCUUGGACUGUCCAUCAUUUUAAUUUCCCCAGUAAUUAUUUCAAAUCUAGAUGUUUCUCUCUCUGUGAUGGCCUGGCGGCCUGUCCAGGGUGUCUCCCCGCCUGCCACCCAAUGGCUGCUGGGAUAGGCUCCAGCAUCCCCGUGGCCCUUGAGAGCAGGAUAAGCAGUUUGGAUAAUGGAUGGAUGGAUGUUUCCAUUGUGGUUGAACUUUUGUAUUUAUUUAACUUUUUUUUACCAUGUUUUCAUAUUGGAAGGGUCCUGUAGAGUACAUGUUUUCACCCCUGCCCUGCUUCACAUUUGCACUGCACAUUUAUUUACUUCCACAUUUAGGAACUGUCGAGGUCAGCGUUGAUGCAUAUUUAUGGUAGUCGCUUGCAAAGGGGUAAACUCACAUUCACAUGCAGACUAAUUAUACGAUCAUAAACCGAUAAAGGCAUUAUUUCACUGCAAAAACAGUAAUGUUGAUCUGAUUAGUUUUAUUGGGGUAAGGUCAAUGUCAGAAUAAGCAUAACAUGAUUAAAGACACUAAGUAGCAUGUCGAAGUGUCCUUGAGCAAGACGUUGGACCCCUAACUGCUCCUGUUGAGCAGAUUGGUGCCUUGCAUAGAGGCCUCCACCAUCAGUGUAUGAAUGUGUGUGUGGAUGGCUGAAUGCGAAGCAUACACUGUAAAGCACUUUGAGUGGUCGGUAGACUAGAAAAGCGCUAUAUAAAUGCAGUCCAUUUACCAUUUUACCUUUUAAAGUGGAUUUUUGUUUAAUGCUUUCAUUUACUGGCGCAUGUAAACAUAGUAAUUUGGGUUCCUUUAGUUUUUUUUAAACUGUGCAUAUAAAAGCUCUCCAUAUGCAGUGAACCAGAUCCAUAUAUACAUUAGUGUUAGAGAAACCAUGCUAUUUUGAACCAUGUAAAUGCUUAAAUUGAGAUCCCCCCCCCCAGUACCAGUGUGCUCUGCCCCUUUUUAACUUUUAAAAAAAUGCACAGAAAUAGGACAUUAUGGGGGUCGAGUCUGUGCCGUUAUCACAGACAGGAAAGGGGAAGUGGUUGGUUGGGGUCAGACUGUCUCUAUAAAUAGUGGAGGGUGGUCACAUUAUAUUAUAUUUUAUUUUGCAUCUGUGAUGUGUUUGUGCACAAAGAUUUUGGAAAUGAAAGGAUUCAGAACUGCACAAUGUUGACAACGUUAUGACAGGAAAUACAGAUACUUUUACAUAUGCACAAAUUGUUGCCCCAUUUGAACCCAUGUCCUAAAAGGCCCAAACUCAAAAUUAUUUAAAAAGGGGCCUAAACUCUCAAAAUCAUAAGCAUCAAGCAGCGUGACGCUUGUUUCUUUUGUUUGUUUGUUUUCAGUUGUUUGUGUUAUUGAUGUUUCCUGUGGGUCCAUUUGACUCCCAUCUUGAAUGCAUAAUAAUGGUGCAUGGUGGUUUAGUGAUUAGCACCGUUUCCUCACAGCAUGAGAGUCUGUCAGCAUGGAGUGUGUUUGUGUGUUUACUCCCACAGUCCAAAGAUAUGCAUGAUAGAUUAUUUGGUGACUGUAAAUUGACCAUCGACAUUGUUUGUCUGGGGCCGGUUAUGGACAGACAAACCAUACGUGAUGUCUCCUCGCCUUCUCCCUAAUGCCUGAUAGGCUCCAGACCACUGCAAAUCUAAUUUAGAAUAAGCAGGUAUAGCCAUGAAUUAAUGAGUGAGAAUAACAGAAAGAGCAAAGACUUGCCCUUGUUUUUGUUUUCCAAACAUUAGGCAGGUUUUCUUUGGCACUAGGCUGCUUGUAUUAUCAUUCCAGACCCGAGGACACCUACAAUAUUAAAGAAUAACUGAAUGAGUAGUCAUAGUCUGACCUUUCACUCUUAAAUUUCCUCUCUCUGGGAAAGCUAUCAUUGUCAGACAGUUUAGAUAUGAACAAUGUACCAUUAUUGCCAUCUGACAAAAACAAACAAAAGGGUUUUGGUUUGUAGUAUUUUUAAUGUUUUUUUCAUGAUGUUUUAUUGAAAUUUGAUGUAUUUUUAUGUGAUGUAUCAUGUAUUACUAAUGUACUACUUACUUACUAUUCCACAUCCACUCUCUGGUUUUCUGAGAUCACUGUUGACGUCAGCCAGUUCAAACAGCAACCAUGAACCACAACUGCUAUGUCAGAGGAAGAGCAAAAAUAAUUUUAGAAUUUGUUAUAUAUGUGUUUUUUAACCUCCUUUGAUGCCAA